AUGCACCGCGUCUGCCUGUCUCUGCUCCCCUCCGAGCCGCCAUGUUGUCGGAGUGAAAGCCUGGAAAUCUGGAUAGAGAAUCGGGGCUGAAAUCUUCAACCAUCCGCCCUCUCCGCCUGCCGUGGUGGAAUGAGCAGCGUGUGUGUGUUGAAGGGUAAAGCAGUGCUCUGGCAGGCCUCGUUCAGCCCCCACCUCAGAACUUCAACUCCCAGCAUGCCGGUGGUGCUGAGCAGCGGAGGACACGCCCCCCCGGCCGGACAGACCCCGCAUGCCCCGCCACCAAGCCAGCAGGGCGUGGCGGGUACGGGGCGCUCUCAGGAUGAUGCCAUGGUGAACUACUUCUUCCAGCGCCAGCACGGAGAGCAGCCUGGCAAACACCACUGGCCCACCGGGGAGAACAUCCACGACAGCCAGGGCCGGUCGAUGGAUGAGCUGAACCAUGACUUCCAUGCUCUGGCUCUAGAGGGGCGUGCCAUGGGAGAGCAGCUUUUGACAGGUAAGAAGUUUUGGGAGAGUGACGAAGCUGGAAAAGAUGGCCCAAAAGGGAUCUUCCUGGACCAGUGGAGGGGCGGUGCAUGGGGGGCCACAGACCACUUGGUGUCUCAGCCGAUCAUGGUGUCUCAUCGGUCGGGUGGGGGUUUCCAUGGCGGCGGGGAGGUGGGCGGGUCAGUGAUGUCACCGCGGUCAGAGAGCGGGGGCUUAGGAGUCAGUAUGGUAGAAUACGUCCUCUCCUCUUCUCCCGCCGAGAAACUGGACUCCUGCCUCCGUAAGGGACCUUUCGUAAGUAGCCUACCCUCAUUUACACUCCCAUCAUUCAAUUCAUAUUCUGUGAUGGAGCCGUUGGAUUGGCUCAACUCCCAGAUGACCAUGGACUCUCAGCCCACCAUGGGCCUGUUCGACUGCAACCAACAACAGGUGUACCAGAGACCCAGUGCUCUAGCAGCCCAACAGCAGCAGUAUGCCUUGGCAGCAGCACAGCAAUCUCACAUUGGUUUGGCUCAAGCGUUUGUUUCCAACCCUUACAUCAUCAGUACCGGUCCGUCUGGAACCGACCCCUACGCUGCUGGACUGGCAGCUGCUGCAACACUGGGCCCAACGGUGAUGCCUCCUCAGUACUACGGGGUGACUCCCUGGGGAGUGUAUCCAGCCAAUCUGUUCCAGCAACAGGCUGCGGCCGCCAACAACUCAGCCAAUCAACAGGCUCAAGGACAGAACCAACAACAGGUGAUGCGUGGGGGUGGUAACCAGCGACCCCUGACCCCUAGCCAAGGUCAACAGGGUCAGCAGAACGACCAGCUGAUCGCCGCCGCAGCAGUCAACUCAGCUCUCGCCUUCGGACAGGGGCUGGCUGCCGGCGUGCCUGGCUAUCCCAUGCUGGCUCCAGCUGCUUACUAUGACCAGACGGGGGCGCUAGUGGUCAACACCGGAUCUAGGGGCGGACCCGUACGCCUCAUGACCCCCGCAGGCUCAGUUAUUAUCUCUCCCUCCGCUGCACAAGCAGUGGCGGCAGCAGCUGCAGGUGGCGGGACUAACGGUGGUAUGGGAGGCGGGGCCAAUGGUCCGUUCCGAGCCAUGCAAUCACAGCAGCCUCAGCAGCAGGGAGGAGGGGCUAUGUCAGGAAACUCCUUUUAUGGAUCCUCUCUUAGCAACUCAUCCCAGAGCUCCUCCCUCUUCUCUCAAGGCUCCGCACAGCCGGGCCCCGGCUCCGCCUCUCUGGGGUUUGGUCAGAGCAACUCUUCACUCGGAGCUACGUUGGGUGGCUUUGGCACUGCAGUGGCUAACUCCAGCGGUGGCAGCAGUUCUCGUCGUGACUCUCUGACUGGCACUAGUGACUUGUACAAACGCACGCAGUCUAGCCUCACUCCCAUUGGCCACGGGGGGUUCUACAACGGAACCCUGGGCUUUAGCUCCUCCCCCGGGCCAGUCGGAAUGCCUCUGCCCAACCAAGGCCCCUCCCACUCCCUAACUCCACCCCCCUCUUUGUCCAAUCACAGCUCCUCAUCCAACCUCAACCUGGGAGGUCUGACCAAUGGCAGCGGUCGUUUCAUAUCUGCUGCUCCGGGGGCGGAGGCGAAGUAUCGCAGCGCCAGUUCUGGCUCCUCCCUCUUCUCUCCCAGCAGCCAGCUCUUCCCGUCGUCACGGCUACGUUACGGAAUGUCGGAUGUGAUGCCGUCAGGGCGGAGCCGGCUUCUGGAAGACUUCCGGAACAACCGCUACCCCAACCUGCAGCUGAGAGAGAUUGCUGGGCACAUCAUGGAGUUCAGUCAGGACCAACACGGCAGCAGGUUCAUCCAGUUGAAGUUGGAGAGGGCCAGCUCAGCGGAGCGUCAGCUGGUGUUCAGUGAGAUCCUCCAGGCUGCCUACCAACUCAUGGUCGACGUCUUUGGAAACUACGUCAUCCAGAAGUUCUUUGAGUUUGGCAGUGUGGACCAGAAGCUGGCUGUAGCCGAGAGGAUCAGGGGUCAUGUCCUGUCUCUGGCCCUUCAGAUGUAUGGCUGUAGAGUCAUACAGAAGGCGCUGGAGUUCAUCCCCUCAGACCAACAAGUUAUAAGUGAGAUGGUACGGGAGUUGGACGGUCAUGUGUUGAAGUGUGUGAAGGAUCAGAACGGCAACCACGUGGUGCAGAAGUGUAUCGAGUGUGUUCAGCCCCACGCGUUACAUUUCAUCAUCGACGCCUUCAAAGGACAGGUGUUUGCCCUCUCCACCCACCCCUACGGCUGUAGAGUGAUGCAGCGUAUUCUAGAACACUGUCUUCCAGACCAGACCCUGUCCAUUCUGGAGGAGCUGCACCAACACACGGAACAACUGGUGCAGGACCAGUAUGGUAACUAUGUGAUCCAGCAUGUGCUAGAACACGGCAGAGCGGAGGACAAGAGUAAGAUCGUAGCUGAGAUCAGAGGAAACGUACUGGGGCUCAGCCAACACAAGUUUGCCAGUAAUGUAGUGGAGAAGUGUGUGAGCCAUGCGUCGCGUGCAGAGCGGGCCGUGUUGAUAGACGAGGUGUGUAGCCUGACGGAGGGGCCCCACAGUGCCUUGUACACCAUGAUGAAGGACCAGUAUGCCAAUUACGUGGUGCAGAAAAUGAUUGACGUGGCCGAACCCACACAGAGAAAGAUCAUCAUGCACAAGAUCCGGCCCCACGUCUCCACUCUGAGGAAGUAUACAUAUGGAAAACACAUCCUGGCCAAGCUGGAGAAAUACUACAUGAAGAAUGGAGUGGACCUGGGCCCCCUCUGUGUUCCUCCCAACGGCCUCAUGUAAACCUUCUACCCUUUUCCACACCUUAACACUUGAGGACGAGACGGGCCAAUGGGAACGCGGGACGUGCUCAGUACAUCACCUGCUGGGUUGGUGGAGGAACGGUGGUGAUUCACCAUGUCGGACCCUCUGUGUACAGCUGACGUUGUAUUGGAAUGGCAUGUCUUUUAUACCAUAACCCCUAUACCCUACAUGGAAAAUGACAUGUUAACUACUACCCACACACAACCUAUUAUUUCCUACCACCCGAUGGUCUAAACCCUAUACCCCCCCCCCCCCUCUCUUUUCCCCUCCUAAUGAGAUCAUGUAAACUGCUGCCCUACCUACCCCCCCACAAUGACAUGUAGAACCCUCUUUGCCUACUCCAACCCCCCUCCUUUUCCCGUCCCACUCUUAUCGCCAUGGUAACCCAUUGGUAUGAGCCUGUGUCUAAACAGGAAGCCUUGGUUAGUUUUAGCCCGUCUCCCAACCAAGCCCUACCCUGCUGCAGGGAGGAGGGAAGGAGGGGGAAGUGAGAUACGUCCCUACCCUGCUGCAGGGAGGAGGGAAGGAGGGGGAAGUGAGAUACGUCCCUACCCUGCUGCAGGGAGGAGGGAAGGAGGGGGAGGUGAGAUACAUCCCUACCCUGCUGCAGGGAGGAGGGAAGGAGGGGGAGGUGAGAUACGUCCCUACCCUGCUGCAGGGAGGAGGGAAGGAGGGGGAGGUGAGAUACGUCCCUACCCUGCUGCAGGGAGGAGGGAAGGAGGGGAGGUGAG